AUGGAGGCUAGAAAGGAAGAAGAGCGGGCUGGGAUAUCAGCCCAAACGUCGGUGGGAGAAGUGGCUACUACCACCGGCGGGCACAGCGAGUCUACUCCCUGUGUCGCCAGCGGCCACACCUCCGCUGUGAAGGGAGCGGUUCACAGCGGUUGUAGUGUUACCGCCAAAGCGACGCUACAGCGCAGGGGUGCCACAGUCCACGAAGACUCGGACCUCGAAAGCGGUGAGAGCGUUAACACACUAGAAGAGGAGGCCUUGCUACGCUCUCCGGGGGAUGCCAAAGGUGCUUGUUCGGCAUCAAAGAAAAGGCCUAGGGCAAAACCCAGUAAGGAGGGGUUGAAGGCUAAAGCCAUAUACAAGGCGGCGGUCAAAGUCCACGAGAGACUUAGCUGGAUGUCCAACCGGACGAAGGAAGAGGAGGAAAGGUUGGCUUGGGCUAAGGAGAAAAUGGAGGAAGGCCGGGCGUACUACGCGGCAAGGCCACGAUUCACUGCUACGGAUCCGGGAUUCGCAAACCGGAUAGAGGAAGGAAUCGCUGCUAAAAGGCAGCGGUCUUCUGAAAGCGAGACAGCAAGGCCAGCCAAAAAAUCGAGGCGCAGAGACGACGCUGCAAAGGCAAACGUCAGGCUCGAUCUAGAGAAACCGACAACAUCGAGAGCGGCGGCAAUGGCCAGUGAGAUAGCCAGAAGACACCUUAUCGUGGCACUCAUAGACCGGAGCAAUCCGCUGGGACAAAUCUCUCAGGAGCGCUGGGGAGCAGUAGAGCAUAAGCUGCUGGAUGCGCUCGUCGCAAAAAUGGAUGGGGACCCCACCACGACCAUGCCAACUUUCGAUGGUGCGGGGUGGCUAAAUGGGGUGAAAAUAAUAAGAUGUAAGGACGAUCCCUCUCCACUAUGGGUAAAGGAAGCUGUUGCGACGCUUCAAGGCCUGUGGGAGGGCGCCGUCUUGGAGGUUGUGGACCGCAGCUGCAUACCGUCCAUACCGAAAGCGAAGGUGCUCAUACCCCGCACGGUAAAACCGGAGAAUGCUCUGCGGCUCUGCAGAGACAGAACCCAGACGUGCCGACGGGAGAUUGGAGGGUGUUAA